ACCUGCCUGGGUCCGCGCUUCAGCGCUUGGCGGUACCGCGCGGGAGAGUGCCGAGAAGGGCCAGGAGGCGUGUCCAAACGGCCGCUGGUCGCGGGCUUAUCCUCUUCCCUCCGUGUUGCUGUCUGCGGCCUUCAGCUGUCUCGGUUACUGGAGUGACUGCGGCGUCUGCGAGUGGGGCUUAUAGGGAACGCGAGUGCCGUGAGUCCCGGGAGCCGGGGCGCUGGGAGGCUUGGCCGGCUAGACUGCAGGCACCCGCCUGGCAGCCAGUGAGAAAUGGAUUCUGCUAACAACUUCAGUGAUCUUGGAAGCUGGUUCUUCUCUAUUCAGUGCUCCAGAAGAGAAUGCAGCCAACAUCUUGAUUAAUACCAGGAGUUCUUGGAAACCUAUCCUAAAUACCAAGAAAAAAAGAACUAAGAAGAUGAGGGAAAACAAAUUAGAUUCAACAGAUGUUUGAUUGCUGCUGAUGGGUGUGAGCAAGUUAGAUAUACUAUACCGGAGACUUCUCCUCACAAAACUUUUUAUCAGAGGAUGGGGAAGGCCAGAGGACCUCAAAAGGCUGUUUGAAUUUAGAAAGGUGAUUGGAAAUCGAGAAAGAUGCCAGAAUCUGGUUUCAAGUGAUUAUCCAGUAUAUAUUGAUAAGAUUGAAGAGCAGUCAGACUGUAAGAUCCUAGAUGGACACUUUGUUUCCCCCAUGGCUCACUAUGUGCCUGAUAUCAUGCCAGUUGAAUCUGUUAUUGCAAGGUUCCAAUUUAUUGUACCUAAAGAAUGGAACAGCAAAUAUAGGCCUGUGUGUAUUCAUCUUGCUGGAACAGGAGAUCAUCACUACUGGAGGCGACGGACACUAAUGGCCCGUCCUAUGAUUAAAGAAGCCCGAAUGGCUUCUUUAUUAUUAGAAAAUCCUUAUUAUGGCUGCAGGAAACCCAAAGAUCAAGUAAGGUCCAGCUUAAAAAAUGUGUCUGACCUUUUUGUGAUGGGAGGAGCACUUGUUUUAGAAUCCGCAGCGCUCUUGCAUUGGCUAGAAAGGGAAGGUUAUGGACCUCUAGGAAUGACAGGAAUAUCCAUGGGAGGACACAUGGCUUCCUUAGCAGUAUCCAACUGGCCUAAGCCCAUGCCAUUGAUUCCAUGUCUGUCUUGGUCCACGGCAUCUGGGGUCUUCACUACGGGUGUACUGAGUAAAUCAAUUAAUUGGAGGGAGCUGGAAAAACAGUAUUAUACACAGACAGUUUAUGAAGAAGAAAUUAUUCACAUGCUUGAAUAUUGUGGAACAGAUUCUUUCAAAAUGGGACAAGAGUUCGUGAAACAUUUUACUAGCAGUUCAGGCAAGCUAAUUAACCUUACUCUAGCUUCUAGAACUUUAAAGUUAGAUAUGAUGGACCAAGUUGUGUCCCAAAAACCUGCUAAGUGCCAUAAUUCUAGUAAAACAUCUGUUAGCGCCACAUCAGAAGGACUCCUAUUGCAAGAUACCUCUAAGAUGGAGUGCUUCAACCAAACACUUUCAACCAACAAAAGUAGUUAUAGGAGUUGCAGUAGUCAAUCAUACCACCUACUCAGUAAAGAACAAAGAAGAAAAAAUCUUCAGAAAGAAUCUUUAAUAUUUAUGAAAGGAGUCAUGGAUGAAUGUACUCAUGUGGCAAAUUUCUCAGUUCCAGUUGAUCCAAGCCUAAUUAUAGUGGUUCAAGCCAAAGAAGAUGCCUAUAUUCCACGAACUGGAGUCCGAAGUCUACAAGAAAUCUGGCCUGGUUGUGAAAUCCGAUAUCUAGAAGGGGGUCAUAUUAGUGCUUAUCUUUUUAAACAAGGACUCUUCAGACAAGCUAUCUAUGAUGCGUUUGAGCGUUUUCUGCAUAAAUACGCUAACUGAUUGGAUCACAUGCAAGCAUGUUUUUGACGAGGAAUUUUCAUCGUAUGAUGAUGUGAAGAACAAGCAGACAGCACUGUAUAUCUAAUUUGCUACCAAUGUAGCGUGGAAUUCAGUAUUAUAGAUCAGUCAACCAUAAACUUGAAAUAUAUUUGAAUCAUUUUAAACCAAUAUUUGGAUUAAAUAAUGUUUAAGUAUUUUCUUAUUGUUGGUGGGGUACCAUACACACAGUAUCUGGUCUAUUUGUUACUAUUUAUUCAAAUUUAAAAUUGUUAUUGUAAACAAUUAAUUUUUAAUAAACUUAUAGAAAGUCUACUGAUUUCUAAUGGAACUGCUAAGUUAAACUAACUUUGUAAUUCUUCAGUCUUUAUUGUAUCCUGUUCUAUGAAAUGUUUUCUAUUGAAUUGAUUUGAGAAAUGUGUGCAUUUCUUUUUUGGAGCCAGGGUAAACUUAUAAUCUUGUUUUCAACUUUAGUUAAUUUCUGCCACGGAAGUAGUUAUGAUGUGUAAAAUCAGUUUUAACUGAAUUCCAAAAAAAACCUGAUUGUUUUGUAAGUGCUUUUAAUAAUUAAAAUGGGUACUGAAGUGCAGAGAAGAUACAUAAGAUUUAGCUAGAUUUUAAAACUCUGUCAAAUAUUAGGCUAAAAAAAUUAAACAUAUUUCCCCUACUUGAAAAGUUUCAAUUCACACAAAAUGGAAAUAAGAAAAUACUUAAUGUGUAAAUUGAUGGAUACUGUGUCUAGCAUUUUCUUGCAUCCCUACUCUACUGGGUACCAACUGGGUAUGCUUAAACAUCUAACUUUAUUUAGGCCAAGUACUUCACAGCUUUGGCUUUUUGGUUUCAGAUAUUAAUAGCCACAUAUUUAAUUGAUUUGUCCCAUACUAACUGUCUCACAAGAAAGACUUCAAGUUUUAUACAAUAAUGUAAGCUAUUGAGAAUUGGGAGUAGAUGACAAGAUUUGGUGCUUUCUUUUUAUAUUAAAAUUCUAAGCCUGAGGCUAAAAUGUUAAAAAAAAGAAACUAGAAAAUAUAUUUGGGUAUUAUGUGAAGAUUUGGAGUAAAUGUGUUUUAAGUUUGUUUUUUUGUUUGUUUGUUUUGUUUUGUUUUUUAAUCUGUUACCUAUGAAUGACUUUUACGUAUGUCUUAGUGUGGUGAAGAUACAUAUACAUGAAUUAUAAUGUGCCUUUUUGCAGCCUUUUAAAGGAGAUUUUAUUUUUCACUCUAAUGACUCCAUCAUCUUAAUUUUUAACACUAUCUAAAAAUUAAUAUGAAGUCUUUGAUGGCAUACAAAGUAGUAACUUCUUUAUACCUGUUCUUUAGCAUAACAAACCAACCACAGUACAGCUAUGUGACCUGUUGGUGGAAAUUUAUGUAUUCAUACCAGAAUGUUUAGUUUUAACUGAAAGUAUAAAAUCUACUAAAGUUCAUCCACAAAAUAUUCUUUAAAUAUAUUAAAGUUUAUUGUCAAAUAAGUUACAGUAUUUUCUUAUGUCAUGUAUAUAUUGAGGUGAAAUGAACAAUGGUUUUAAUAAAACCAAAACUUUAUUUUUCACAAAAACAUUUCUUAGUAAGCAAAAAGGUAUUAUAGUGUGUGAAUUUCUCUUAACAAAAGAACAAAAUUUCAUUUAGUUUUAAUUAACUGAGGCAUAACAUUUUCUCAAAUAAAUGUGAAAAGGGUAUGUGUCAACUAAAAUGUCAUCUUUUAACCAGAUGUUUUAAGAAUUUAUCCACAUAGCUACCUAAAUUGAUAAAUUCAAAGUACAAAAUACAUUAAAAGUUUUUUUAAAAUCCACCCCCAAUAUUGGGUUAAGCUUUAUGACUUAUGUGUAUGUAUUUAUUUGUUAAAUAAGUGCUGGUUUGCCUGCCAUUUUCAGGAUAAAGUACAUACACUGCUAGAAAUUCAUUUAGACUAGAGUUGCAAAUAGUCCACUCAAGCCAGUUUGGCCUACAGUUGUGUUUUAUAUGGUAGGCAUAAUAGUUCAAAACUUUUUGAACUUGAAAAGCCUUUAGACUGGGCAUUCAUUCACAGUUUGCACAGUUCAAUGGACUCCCUUUUUUUCUUAUAUCAGACUAUUUCACUACUUUUUAUUUCCUAUCCAGCCUGUGAAGACAUUUGAUUUUGAGACCCCUGAUUUGGAUGGGUGGUUAGAAGUUUCCGAAUUUCAUGAUUUGCUUAUAUUGUAAUUACUAUUAAAUAAUUUUAUCAUAUGCAUUUUACAUUUUUUCUUAUGAAUAAUUUUUUUUGGUAUGGUGCUUUCUAACAGUUUUGAAUUCUUAACAAUGUAAAUGAAAUUUUAAAAUCCACUUCUAAAAAUCUUAUACUACAAAAUAAAAAAGUUAUUUAAAGUGUUAA